AAUCAUUUGCGCCACUCUCUCUCUCUCUCUCUCUCUCUCUCUCUCACACACACACAUGGCCAUGGGUGAUGAUCUAUAUAACAAGCGCCCGGCCUUUUGCUUGGCAGCUGCUUGUUGCUCGCAUAUAAUUCUGUUCCUCGCUUGCUUCUCCUUUACUUGUUUAAUAGGCACCUUCCAUCAUCACCUCCACGACGCCUGCCUCCUCUUCCCUCCUCGUCCUACAUGCUACUACAAAAGACCAGGCACAAGCAAGCAGAGUCUCGUCACACCGCUGCCGACCUCCCCACCUCACCUCAGCCAAUUCUCUCGCAUAAACUAUUUCUUGGAUCCUUCAGAGAGGAUCUAGUGCAGCAGCAGUGGGAUCUGCACGCGCGCACCAGCUUCCAUGGGCCUUGACGUCGCGGAAAUCUCUGAAUUGGCGGCGCUCCGGCCGAUCCAGACGGCCGUGAGCCGCGCCCGGGCCACGGCGGUGCCGGGGGAGGAUGAUGACGCUGCCGUCACCGGCUGUGUCACACCGAAGGCGAGCGGCGCGCGGUCAGCCGCUGCAGGAGGAGCGGACGACGACGACGACGCCGCGGCCGCCGACACCGGCUGCGUCACGCCGAGGGCGAGCGGCUGCAUCGCCAUGCUGCCCAUCGCGCCACUCCUGCAAGACGACGGCGUCGACGCUGGCUUCGCCACGCCGCUGGCCACGGGUGGAGUAAUUGGGCCGCGAGACGGCUGCGCCGCUGCCGGCGACGAGAACAGCUUCACCACGCCGACCACGGCCGACAGCGCGCUGUUGCCGUCCACGGUGUGCCCGCCGGCGCCGCGGAAGUCGGCGCCGGCCCCGACGAGGAAGCGGGCGCCGCUGCAGCAGCGGCUCUUCUACCCGGUGCCGAGCGACCUGAGCACCGUCUUCGUCGCCGUGCCGCAGUGCCCGCCGCCCGCCAAGAAGAAGCGGGCGCACGUGGUGGAGUCAUCUGCGCUUCUAGGCACGUGAGAGGCACGCACACACCCUCUGUCCCGUUCAUGCAGAUCAGCACUACACAAUUUACAUGCAUGCUGCGCCAUUGUCGGCACUGCAAGUGGACGAAGGAAUUCUCCAGAGAAGCGGAGGCGAGCGAGGGCUCUCGAGCGACAAACACACACCGAACUAGUACUACCUACUAGCACUCAACUUUAGUGCGCGCGCGCUCUCUCUCUCUAGAUUUGUACAGUCAAUGUAAACUCCAAUUUUACUUCUAAAAGGGUGUUUGUUCA